CUCGUGUACUAAGUGUCCCAUUUGAACUUACCUGCAGCCCAUACAGUAUUUAAACUGGAUCCAAAGCCAUAUAAAGACUCCGAGCACAGACCGAAUAAGCUAUAAAUGAGCGACAACCGCGUGAACAGUCUUUAUUGUUUAGUUGUAUUGUUUCACCUUUUAAAAGUUUCAUUGACCGGUUGUAUUUCUGAUCGUUACACAUACGGAAAACAAAACCCGACCCUCACGCACACGCAAAUAUAGACACUCAGGCACCGCCUCAAAACCGACAGUCCUGACAGAAGAUCGGUCGGUAAUCGCAGUGAAAAAGGCACGAAACUUGCGCAGGCUCGCCAGGUUUACUUGUAUUGCUUUACCUACAAAGUAACAGUAAGAACAUUAAAAGCAAACCGCGGAGCAAGAUGAAUGAUGACCUGGAAAAAAAGGGUGGCAGUCUGACUCUGGCUCGGGCUGUGUGCUCGGCCGCUAUUGGUGGCACAUUUCAAUACGGCUACAACAUCGCCAUCAUCAAUGCACCCACUGUGGACAUCUGCAGGUUUAUCAAUGACACCAGCUGGGAACGCUGGGCUGUAGCUCUGGAGUCCUACCAAGUGACUCUGAUUUGGUCCUUCGUCGUUUCAAUCUUCUCUCUCGGUGGCCUGCUGGGGGCGCUGCUUGCUGGACCAAUGGCCAUCCGAUUUGGAAGGAAGAGGUCGCUGCUGAUGAACAAUGUGUUUCUGGGACUGAGCUGCGUGCUGUCGAUCGCGAGCAGAGCCUCGCGCUCCUUUGAGAUGAUCAUCCUGGGCCGCCUCUUCAUAGGGAUCAACGCCGGAGUCAGCAUGAAUAUCCAGCCCAUGUAUUUCGGAGAGAGCGCUCCCAAACGUCUGAGGGGGGCCGUGGCCCUGUCAUCUGGCAUCUUCACGGCCUUCGGCGUGGUGCUGGGACAGGUGAUGGGCCUGAGGGAGCUGCUGGGUUGCCAGGCUUGCUGGCCGUUCCUCCUGGGGAGCGCUGCAGUCCCAGGCUUCAUACAGCUGCUUACGUUGCCCUGGUGCCCUGAGAGCCCCCGGUACCUCCUGAUCGACAGGGGAGACAAGGACGCCUGCAUCAGGGCGCUGCAGCAGUUGCACGACUCUGAUGCCGUCGAUGGCGAGAUGGCUGAGAUCCUGCAGGAGCAGGCUGCAGCCAAGGGGGAGAGGCCCAGGAGUCCAUGGGAGCUGCUCAGAGACCGGGCUGUCCGCUGGCAGCUUGGCUCUGUUAUGAUCGUCAGCAGCGCCAUGCAGCUCUGUGGUAAUGAUGCGAUAUACUUCUAUGCAUCUUCUGUGUUCCAAGAAGCGGGCAUCUCCCCAGAUAAGAUCCCAUACGCCGCCAUUGGCACGGGGGCGUGUGAAUUUGCAGCCGUAAUACUGUGUAGUCUGCUUAUCGAGCAUCUUGGCAGAAGGUUGCUGUUGAUUGGCGGUUAUGUCCUCAUGGCCGGUUGGUCCGUGGUGUUCACAGUGGCUCAGUCAUUCCAGAGGACAGUGGACUGGAUGCCUUACUUAUGCAUGACUUGCAUCUUCGCUUAUAUACUGAGCUUUGGGAUGGGGCCUGCUGGAGUGACAGGCAUCUUGCCCACUGAAAUAUUCAAUCAGGCUGCGCGGCCAGCUGCAUACAUGAUAGCAGGCUCCCUGAUGUGGAUCAACUUCUUCAUGGUGGGGAUGGUCUUUCCCUUCUUAGUGAGUGAACUCGGCGAUUUCUGCUUUGUCCCCUUUUGUGUCGUCUGCCUGCUGGCCUCCGUUUACGUCGGCUUUGCUCUGCCGGAGACUAAGGGGAAAUCACUGCAAGAAAUCGCCUGUGAGUUUGAUAAGCUCAAUUUCCCAGGCCGCCAGAGGAUUCAGGCCUUCUACCAGCUUGGGGAAAUCCUUCACUCGACAGCCUUGUAGGUCACCUGCACCGUCCUCUCAUUCGCCAGCAGGGGGUGCACUGGGGCCAGCAGGUCUGUGACCAAAGCGGUAGGUUCCAGUAACAAGCUACUUCCAUUUGUGUUGCUGCCUUCUUGAGGAUAAUUAGACUUAAAGUCUGAGAGAAUUUUCCAUAGAACACUGAAGCUUUACGGCAAAGUGCAAAAACUCACCCUCACUGUCAAUAUUGUACUGGCAACAAAAAGGUAAACAUGUCCCAAGCAUUAAAAACAUUUCUGUCGUCCAGGUUACUGUGCUGCUCAGGUACUUUUUGCAGUUGGUUGAUUAAGUAGUUCAGCUCUCAUAAGAUCAGGUUACAUGGGUGACUCUUCUAAGAAGAGCUCUUACAAAUUCACUGAUGUCAACUAAGUAGCUGUUCAGAAGUGCUCGAAUGACUCCAUGGGUUCCAAGGGAACCUUAUAAACUGUAUACUGUAUUUUUACAUUCCUGAAAUAGAUAUGCUAUUAACUGGAGCUUAAAGCUUAAAACAUCUAACACUGUUUUCUAAGGUUUUGAUGCUACUGUCAGCCACAGUAGAUAACCUAAAACUAGGUCCUCUGAGGCUACUAAAACCGGAGGAUCUUAAUGUAUGAGUCUGCAUGUACAGAUGAAGGUCGUCAGAUAGAUGAGGAGGGCAAGACCAAUGAAGAGCUUUGCAGGUGAUAAGUAUGAAUUUAUAUUUCAUCCUGACAGUAACUGAUAACCAAUAUUAGCCAUGAAAUUGAGAAAAGUGGGUGGAUUUUACUUGCAAGCAAGUAAGCAAACGGGCAGCUUUGAACGCACUGUAGAUAUCUGGAAGGGAACUUAAGCAAUGCGUCGCAAUAAUCAAGGCGAGCAGUGAUGAAGGCCUGGACUAGUGUUUCGGUGUCGGUAACAUUGAGGAAGGGGUGGAGGUGUGCAGGACCUCAUUCUCGUCAAUUAUCAAGUCAGGCAGAGCAGACAUGAAUUGGAACCAGCUAGAAUUCUUAAUUUGAGUUUUAUCAGAACAUUGAAGUCCGAGGUCAUACAGGGCUUGACGUCACAAAGGCAGUCAUUUAGUAAAGCAGGUGGCAGGGACGUGACUAUCAGCAUAGCAAUGAAAACUCAGACCAUCACGAUGAAUGAUACAACCCCAUUCACAUCAAUUUCCAAAUCAAUGGACAUUGUGGUCAGCUAUACUGGAUCUACAAAAGGUAGAAUGUCUGUGAAUCCACUAAACCCUAAACGUGAAAAGGUUAUUAAAAUUUAAUUACGUACUGGA